GACUCGCAGCGUGUGUUCAGCGUGGAGUGGGUGUGUCUGCAGAGGACAGGCUGUUUCGGGGGUGAACCCUUGAAAUCACCGAUUUUUACUUUAAAUUCAGCGCUCUGGAAUUUCUUUUAAAUCCUGUUUCUCCUCCAAUGUGCUUUGCUCAAGAGACCACUUUAAACUGAAGCACUUUCUCCACGAGUUCCACAAGAGAUCUUCAUCUCCUCAGUUCUCCAAUGCCGGGUCCAGUUAUGCCUGUGGACGUGGCUGUGCAGCUGUACAUCACCCAUUCUCCCCCACUGCGCAGCUUCCUGAGCUCUUAUGAAGACUACAGGACACGUAACCUGGUCAACACCUGCUACAAACCCCUGCGGCCCUGCUUGAGCUCCAGAGCCCACCUGGAGCCCCCUCGUCUGGACUGGCAGACCCCAAAAUCCAAGCCCAAAAAGAAGGUUGUGUUUGCCGACUCAAAGGGUAUGUCAUUAACCUUGGUGCAUGUCUUCUCAACUUUCGAAAACAGAGAACCUGUUACAUCCGAACUGCAGUAUGACCUGGAAGACCUAGAGGAUGUCACAGCAACUCUCCACAUAAAUUCAGUCCAGAGCAGAAUUCUAGACUUUCCGCAGCCAGCAGCAGACUACCUAGAUUUUCGUAGUCGGUUGCUGAAGAACUUGGUUUGUUUGGAGAACUGUACCCUACAGGAGCGAGCCCUCACCGGCACCAUCAAAGUGCGUAACCUGGCCUACGAGAAGUUGGUUCAUGUGCGAAUCACUUUCGACACCUGGAAGAGCUUCCAGGAUGUGGAAUGCACAUUUAUGAAUAAUGUCUAUGGUUGUCAGGAUACAGACACAUUCUCGUUUGCCAUUGAACUGCCUGGGUAUGUGCCCCUUCAGAAUAAGGUCGAAUUUUGCAUUAGCUACAGAAAUGGAGAGCAGACCUACUGGGACAACAACGAUGGCAGAAACUAUGGACUGGUUUCAACAUCUUGGCAACUAAACAAUACAUGGAAUUCCAAAAAAAAGAAAACAAACCAAACCAAAAACAUAAACAUAAAAACAAAAACACAAGACAAGGAGUUUUAUAAAUGUAGAAGUCCGCUCCAAUCCAAUGGCAUUUUCCCAAACUGGCAAAGUUGGGGGCACAUUGCGACCAGUGGCCCCUAUUGGUGACUUGAGCUCACAUAAUUAACUAUCCAAAUGUGUUGAAAGCUUUUUGCACCAAUAUAUCUCUCGGUAUGACAACAGAAGAAGAUUAACAUUAUCUUAAUGAGCUCUUAAUAUGAUUUACCUGCUGAUUACUUUACAAGCAGACCUAGAUCAGCUGUCUAUUAGCAGAUUAAAGAGGGAACAGAGACUGGUUGAAAUGGUCACAUAGAGUGAACCUUGUUUCUUUUAGAUGGAACAUGUUGCUUCCGUGCAAUACAGCAUGUUUUAUUCUUUUAAGUAAAACGUUUGAUGACCCCUAUCAAGAACCACAACACC